AUGUCUCUAACGGCUCGCUACCCCUGCCUUUGUCCCACCUGCAGGGAACCUGCGGAUGCCUCCGCACCCGUGGAGGAGGAGGAGGAGGAGGAGGAGGAGGAGGAGGAGGAGGAGGAGGAGGAGGAGGAGGAGGAGGAGGAGGAGAUGCAGGCGGAGGGCGUGAGGGAGGUGGCUGUGGCAACCGGCCUGGAUGUGCUGUACCAAGAGACCCCCAACUACCACGGAGCGGCGGCUGAGGCUGACCGCAUGAUCGAGCCUAGAGAGACGGCUAGGCAUGCCUGGCGAGUGCCAGACCUGGGUGUUAGGGAGCCUGCUGUUAGUGCAGGUGAGGAGGCUGUGAUAGAGGAGGGCUAG